AUGGCUUUUCCCAUCAAAGAGAUUCAAAAUAGCAGCCCGGAGGCCGUCGAUUCGACACGAGAGGCUGUAGCUGCCAUGCUGCAUGUGGACCUGUCUAAGCGCCAGUCAGUCUCCAUCAGCCAGUCAGAGCUCGCGAUGCCGCCGCAACAGGCACAACUCCAGACCCUGCGAGAGCCCCAGUCCAAUUCAGAUCUGCCAGAGUCGUCAUUCCCGAUCCGCAGCAGGGUCCUUUCUCGCUUGGACUGCCGUUUGUUUGGCGCGCCGCCCAUGAAAGCCUGGCGUGGAGGCUUGCCAGGGUCUGGUCGGCAGCGGACACCGAGAAAUGCAGAGGAGGAAGCGCCGCCAACCAACGGCCAGAUGAAACACCGACUCUAUCGCGGCAACAUGACGUACAAGUGCCAAACCCACGGCGGUGACAUUUCAAAGAGAAACAAAUCGACUGGCCACGCGUGA